AGAAAAUAAGCUCAUUUGCUGAACUGAAGAGAGACCACACAGGGAUAUUUUCAGUAUCUCCAAUUUUUGAACAUCUGCACAGAACUGGAUUCUAUUGGCUCUGACGGUUCCAGACAACACCCGCUUGCGCAUGCGCGAAGUGGGUCUGUCUUCAUCCAGGUUAAGCAGAUUCUGACCUGGACCGGUUCGGAUUAACUUUGGCAACAGCUACAACUCUAAAACGAGUAAACAUCUGAAGAGGUUGGGAGGGGUUGAUGCUGCAGACCAUGUCAAAAAGUCAAUGGCUGCAACUAUAACAAAUAAAAUGAUGCCCAUAAUGAGCCUCAGAGGAAGAAGUGGGAAGGUUGCCUUCAUGAAGACCAAUCUGUACAGGAUCAUCUGUGACGCUGUCUUGGGCUCGUUUGACACCACUACCACCAAAGUGGAAGAAUACAUGGCAAAAUAUUUAAAGUUGGCUUCCAGAGACAUGGACAUCCUCAUGGAUGAGGAUUUCAGUGUGACCAGUAACACCAGUCAUGAAACAGGACUACAAAGACAAGAAGGCAGCAAAAGCCAAGGACUCAACCACAGUGACCCUGUGGACAUGUUUAUAGGCCUGGAGCUUCUUCUACAUUUUAAACCUCUCUUCCUGCCUCUCUAUUGCCUCAUAGUGGUUGUGGCUGGUGUUGGAAACUCCUUCCUUUUGGCUUGUAUCCUGGCUGACAAAAAACUCCACAAUGCCACCAACUUUUUCAUUGGUAACUUAGCAGCUGGAGACCUGCUGAUGUGUCUGAGUUGCGUUCCACUGACAGUGUCUUAUGCCUUUGACAGCCAUGGCUGGGCUUUCGGAAGACCCCUCUGCCACCUGGUCCCCUUGCUGCAAUGUGCCACAGUGUUUGCAUCAGUGCUUUCACUCACUGCCAUUGCUGUGGACCGCUACAUUGUCGUAGCUCACCCAAUACGGAGGAGGAUCUCAGCGUGGGGUUGUGGUGCCGUGACUCUGGGUGUCUGGCUUUUAUCUCUGGCCCUGGCUGCCCCUCCGUCUCUCUACACGCGCUAUCUGGACCUACGACCCAGUGGCAUCGAUCUGGUAGUGUGUGAGGAAUUCUGGCCAGACAGUGGCAAUCUGAGGCUGCUCUACUCCUGCUUCAUUCUCAUAGCCUCCUAUAUGAUCCCACUGUUGUCAGUCAGUGUAUCCUACUGUGCCAUCACUGUCAGCCUAAAACGUUAUUCCAUACCUGGGGAGCCAUCCAACAGCCAGCAGCGCUGGAGCCAAAGGAGGAAGAGGACCUUCUCUCUGCUGGUGGCCUCAGUGCUGGCCUUCGCCCUCUGCUGGCUGCCCCUGCAGGUGCUGAACUUGUUGUUGGACCUGGACCCAGACUUCCACAUCAUAGGGAAGCGCUAUGUUAACGUCUUACAAGUAUGCUGUCAUUUAGUGGCUAUGAGCUCUGCGUGUUACAACCCCUUCAUCUAUGCCUCACUGCACAGCAAGGUACGCAUGCACCUGAAAGGCUACCUCUGUCCUUGUCGCAAUCGCCAGAGGGGGAUGGUGGAGAGAGGGACAUCCAGGGGCUGAUUUCAGAGUGUACCUGCGAUGAUACAACUGUUGUAGCAGCUCCUGCCAUGCAGAGCCAUGUCCUUGCCCACAAGUUAACACCUGCACCCCUAACACCGAUGUUAAUGUCUGAGGUGUCCAGGAGAAAAUAAAGACAAAUGCAACAUCCAUUUAAAUCAGAUUUCUCCAUGUGUUUCCAGAAUUUUUGUGAAAAAAAAGUGGUCCUUACUUGUACAGUGUCACCAGAGGCAGUGCUAAAAAAAAA